AUGAGAACAACAUUUCUCAUAAUUCUACUUAGUAUACUGGCAAUAGGUAGCUCUGCUCAAUUUGUGGCAAAUACCCAACAAUUUAUAGUGGAUAUUCACAACACGUUUCGUUCAAAGCUUGCACUGGGAACUUAUGUAUCGAAGGGUGUGACGAAGCCAGCAGCAAGUAACAUGUUGAAAAUGAAAUUGAACAUCACACUGACUGUCUCAGCUCAAGCCUACGCAAACACAUGCCCAAAAAAUCACUCGAAUCUCGAGUUGGGGAAAAUAUCUACUAUAGAUACACCACUGCGCCAUUUUCCGGUAUGAAUGUUUAUGGCGGAGCUGCGUCAGUCGCAUGGGAGCAAGAAGUUCAGAGAAAUGAAUGGCCAUCGAAUAUAAUCUCAAUCGAUGUUUUGCUCGUGACCGAUGAACUCAGAAUCAUUUUGCACGCAACACAAAUGGCAUGGGCAACAUCUGGACAGAUUGGAUGUGGAGUUAAAAAUUGUGGAAAGGAUAUGCCAGAUAGACCAACUUUUAAUCGAGGAGUCGUUAGGUAACAUAAUCAACCAGCAAGUGUAUCAAACCGGGCCAACCUGCUCUGCUUGCCCAACCGGGACCACUUGUGAAACUGCAACCGGGCUAUGUGGCUAAUG